AUGUUGAAGCGCUCGCAGCAGCGUUGCACGAUCUGCACCGUGACGUAUCAACACGAAGUGAGAAGCUGCGCCCAGCAGGCGCGUGGGCGUCACGACAACAAGAACAAGGUCAAUUUCACGACUUUUGCCGUCGGCGAUUACGUACUAGUCGGAUCAGUUGUUCAGCGCUCGAACAAGUUGGCCCUGCAGUGGCGCAGGCCGAAUCAAGUCGUCCGCGCGGUGACCGACCACGUCAUGGAGACGCAGCAGCUGGUGCCGCCGUUCGGAGUCUCGACGUACCACUCGUGCCGGCCCAAGAUGUACCAAGAUUCAAGUAUUGAGGUCACGGAAGACCUCAUCAAUCAAAUCGCAUACUGCGAUGGUGGAUUCCACGUGGAACGCCUCGAAAAGGUCCGACUCACUAAUGGUGAAUACCAAGUUCAAGUCAAGUGGAUGGGCCUUGGUGACGAAGAAGUGUUGUGGGAGCUCGCGAGGAACCCCCUCGACGCCAUCCCGGUCGUCUUCACCAAGUGGUGCAAGACCCACAAGUCAGCCAAGCACGUAGCCGCAAUGAUGAAGAACCUGGGCCUCCUCUAG